AUGCCGGCCCCACUUCGAUGGACAUGCAGCCUGGUGCUGCUGGCCAUCUACCUCAUCGGCACUUCCAACGCAGCUCUCUUUGCCAAAAACUCCAAAGUCACCAUUCUCGAUUCCUCCAACUUCAAACGCGAGGUGCUCGAUAUUGAGAAGCCUACCAUGGUCGCGUUCACGGCUCCCUGGUGUGGGCACUGUCAAAAGCUCGUUCCCGACUACUCGAAAGUUGCCGCGCAGCUCGACGGCGUGGUUAAGCUGGCUUCUAUCGAUUGCGACGAUGACAAGAACAAACCCACCUGCGGCAAGUACGGCAUUCAGGGUUUCCCAACACUCAAGCUCUUCCCUCCAACCAAGAAGCGCCUGCCCAAAGACUAUCAGGGUCCUCGAUCAGCAAAGGAUAUCGCUGCGUACAUGGUGGAUGCUCUCCCGCUCGGAGCCAAGAAGCUCAAGGCUGAAGAGUUGCAAGAGUUUGCCGACGAAGAUGCGGAAACACCCAAGGUGAUCCUUUUCUCGAAAAAGCCCACCAGCUCUCCAUUGUACAAGAGCUUGGCGUUGGAUUUCAGGAGGAGCGUGUCGUUCGCAUUCCUCAGAGGAGACCAGAGACCCGUGCAGGCUGCCGCGAGGAUUCAUCUCGGUGUCGAUGUCAACGACGACAAGCUGCCGUACCUUAUCGUUGUCCCUUCGCGUGCCGACGGAGAAGAGCUCGACAAGAGCAAAGUCAAGGGGUACACCGGUGCAUUGAAGUAUAACGAGCUCAACGCCUGGAUUCAAAAGACAAUCCCGGAAGCAAAGUCGGGCAAAGUUAAGAAGGUGCCGACCAAAGCGAAUGUCAAGAAGAAACCCGUCAAACUGGAUCAGGACAUUCGAGACGUUCCGGACGGCGCCAACAGGGAGUGGAGGGUGGAAGAGGAUAUGACCGAGGCAGAGAAGCAGAAGAAGAUGGAGGAACUGGCAGAGAUGCUCAACACCGCCAUCAAACAGUCGAACGACCUUCGCGAUGGAAAGGCUCCUUCUUCUGCCGACAGCGGCAACAGCGAGACGCCUCCCACCGCAGAUAGCGACGCCGAUUCGUUCGCCCAGACCAGCGACAGCAACUCUCACUCGUCCUCAUCGUCAUCCUCCUACUCUUCCUCCACCGAUUCUGACGGAAAAGUCACCACCGAUCGCUCUGCCUCCUACUCCUCCUCCGGCGACACCCCCGACUCCGGCUCCACCUACAAAGUUUCCUCCCACUCCGAUUCCGACGACGUCUCUCUCAAAGAAAACCUCCAACGCUGGCUCGACGGCGAACAGGUCGAUUGGAACUCCGACUACGCCACCCAGUUCAAAGACGCCCAACGUGCCGCCGAAGACCUCAUCGCCAAUGACCCCGAAAAAGCCGACCAGAUGGCACUGGAGAGCGAAAAGUGGCUAGCCCACUAUCUCGUCUCCGACCUCGAAAUGAUGAAAAUCGCCAGGGACAAGGGCAACCAGGACCCCGCCGUCGCAGACGACAAGAUCGAACGCAUCGAAAGAAUGUACAACGAGAUCGUCAAGAGGAUCGAGGAGAGAGAACUCAAGGUCAAGCAAGCCGCCAAGGACGAAACCCCAGCAACCAGCCACGACGAGCUCUAG